AUGUUCAACAGCAGUAAGAAAUCGUCUAAGUCGACCGAGAGCGGUGGAAGAGCGUCGUCCGGGAGCUCACCAACGGCUCCUCUGGCAAAGCAAAAUAAUCGCAUAGCUCACUUCAAGAGACUUCUCGAAGGCAAAAGGCUAUCUGUCCACUCCUUCGACUUGCACGAUACUGUUGGCACGGGGACCUUUGGACGUGUUCGAGUGGUGAAGCUGAAAGGCUCAGAAGAUCGCUCCCCGAUGGCUCUGAAGAUGCUGAAGAAAUCAGAAGUCAUCAGAUUAAAACAGGUUGACCAUGUUAAAGCAGAAAAGAGCAUCUUAUCGAUGAUCGAGCACCCCUACAUAGUCAAUCUGUUGACCUCAUUCCAGGAUGACAGGCGUCUGUACAUGCUGAUGGAAUACGUGAAUGGCGGAGAACUUUUCUCCUACCUUCGGAAAGAGGGUCGUCUUUCUAAUGAUCAUGCUAAGUUCUAUGCAGCGGAGAUACUCUUAGCGUUCCAGUAUCUGCAUGAUCAGGACAUCAUUUACAGAGAUUUGAAGCCAGAGAACUUGCUCAUUGACUCUAGCGGCCACGUCAAAGUGACCGAUUUCGGCUUUGCCAAGAUUGUUGAUGAUCGAACGUGGACCCUAUGUGGUACUCCUGAGUACUUGGCCCCUGAAAUCAUACAAUCUAAAGGUCAUGGCAAGUCCGUCGACUGGUGGGCGUUAGGAAUUCUCAUAUUUGAAAUGCUGGCUGGUUUCCCACCCUUUUAUCACGAGAGCUCCUUCGGAAUUUACCAGAAGAUUCUUGCGGGGAAAUAUGACUUUCCCCGACAUUUCGAUAUAAAGGGUAGAGAUCUUAUCAAGCGACUGCUCACGCACGAUCGCUCUAAGCGAUUUGGUUGUCUUAAGAACGGCGCGGAAGAUAUCAAGAAACAUAAAUGGUUCAAGGGUGUCGAGUGGAACCGGGUGAUGUCACGAGAGCUACCGCCUCCUUAUGUACCGAAAGUUAAAGGAGAAGAUGAUACAUCAAUGUUCGACAAGUACCCUGAAUCAGCCGAAGGGUCGACACCAAGCAUCAAUGUGAGGGAUCAAGCCCUCUUCGAGGACUUUUGA